AUGGAAGGGAUGAUAAAGCGGCUACAAAGUCAAUUAAAUCAAGCUCAGCGGUCUUUAUCUUACUACCAGAGACGGUAAAGACAUUUUAAGAGACUUCUGGCUGGACUAAAAUUUACAUGUACACAUUUUCAGGUGAUGAAAUUUUGACAGUACAGUAAACUUACCAAACACCCGCGUAUAAGACCCCGAUAGGUUAAGAAACAGGGAGCACCCAACAGCUGUUUUCUGUAAAAUAUCUCGUCGGAGAAGCAAAUAUCGCCUAGAAUUUUCUAUUACCUGAGGACAGUUAAAAAUUUCUAGCUGACCGUUCCAUUCAUGUACAAUUUUCUUAGCCUCCCACGCAGACGUUCUUCGGCAUUUGUCACGCAAUCACCUUCCCCACAGGAACGCGUGACGAACCCCAAAGAACGUCUGUGUGAGAGGCUACAAUUUUCUAAGCUUAUCUUAUAAAUUAGUUCCUUACGAUUUUCUGAAAAUUAAUUUCAACAUUUUACUUCCUACGUUUCUAAGGCUAUUUUUCGUAGAAAAUAGGGUACCUAACGAUUUCCUGAUCAUUUGAAAUAUGAUGGCGAGAUCGAGUGAAUCAGAAAUUAUGUCUCACUUUCGUAAUACAUAAAUAAAAUUCUUGGGAAAAAAAUAUUGAAGCCCUUGCAAUUUCGUCAAGACUCAAUUUCCCCUUGGAUGACCGAGCAGAUAUAAAUUUUGUGCAUUUCGGAGGCUAGAGUUUUAAAAGUACUCUUGAUAGCCUCAAAAUGGCUGAAUUGGGUUCCAAUUGAAGACUUGAGAUCAGGCCCAAUUCGCGACUCGUCGCUGCUUCGCGGCUCGCUCUCUCUUUCACGAAGAAAAAUUUCAAGAAAAACCUCUGAGACCAGGGUACAGGUUAUCUAAAACUGUUUCUGACAAACUAACAUAUCUUUAUAAGAUAAUGGCCACAUGAGUACUUUUCUCUCCAUUUGUUUAAUAUUGUAGAAAAACGUGUAUGAAAUAGCUCGACAUAUUUGUUAUACUGAACUUAGAAUUUAUUUUGUAUAUAUUAUUUUGAAUUAUUGCAGCAUUCUGUGAGUCUGUUGAGGGUUGCAUUUUGAAUUGUAAUAGAGAGUUAUUAAGAAACUUAUUUCAUAUACUCAAAGGCUGUGUACUUACGAUUGAGUAAAUAUUUGAAGCACAUUUCUUUAUAACUCUUUCGUUAUUAUUUGUCAUUUUUUUAAAAAGUGCUUCAGUUUCUCGAAUGAAAAUUAAACAAUAAAUACUCUGACGUUUUUCCCUUUACAAAUUCAUAAUCGAUAUCAUAUGGUCAUCAUAUGAAAGUACGUGAUCAUCAUUUAAGCUGGUAAUACAAGGGGUUUACUUAUCGUUGCCUUGCAGAAAAAUCGAAAAAUAUACUGAUAACAAAUGUAAUAACUGGAAAACACUUCGUGAUCUUGCGGCUUUUUAGCAGCUGCCCUUAGUUACAAAUUUCCUAUCAUAUCAACUCUGUUACGAUAAUUCUGGGAUCAGGCAAAAGAUCAGGCCGAAUUUUACCAGAUUUCAUUACUCUCCCUUUUCAGUCGAUCCAGUUUCGCCUUAUCGCAGGAAAUUUAUUUCAUAGUAUCAAAGCCAACGAAACAGAGCCUGGUCUCAGACUAUUAAUAACUUUGCUCAGAACUAGCCGCUUAAAAUAUGCGUUAGAAAAAGUGAUACUUGAUAGAGGUCCAAGCAACCGAGAAAGAAGCAAAUGUGAUUUUUAAAAAAAACACUCCUGACGACUUAAAACAUGUUAAAAAUGAUCGCUUUAGGAAUAAGAAAAUACAUUCCGGGUAUAUCAGAAAAAACUAACGACGUGGGAAGCACAACUGUAGGCCAGAAACAGCUCCCAGGUUCACGGGAAUGAAAGAAAAGAAAUCAUGUUUUUAUUCCUCUCAGCCUUGGGGAAAGCCGAAACUAGUGUAAAGUUUUAUUAGUAACCAACUGUUUCCCAGCGAUUCUUUCUAUUUUCACUCGCUCCAUCCUCGUCCCCCUGCGCCUUCUGUCCCAGUUUUAAGGUGAUGUUCACAAGUGACGAUUCGCAACAACGAUUGCUAGCGCAAAAUAGAGUUGCGACAUCGACUGUAUUGUUUUGAAUAGUAACAACAUUGUUCCAACAUUGCAACGCUGUGGUGCGUUAAAAAUCGUCGUUGCGAAUCGUAUUGUGUAAUAUCACCUUCAGCCAGCAGUGGGCAGACGAGUCGCCUUCAAACACGUUUCCAUCCUCGGAGACCCAGGGGCAGUUAGUGGAACCGAGGGAAAGCCUAAACGGGCGGAAAAAAUGGCGCGAGAAAAGUCCCACGUCCCUACUAUCUGCCCUGCCGCUUCCGAGGAUGCAAAGUUCCCUAUACCAACUGGUAAUGGCACAUCGACUGAGCAAUCAGUCAGUCAGAAAAGAGUAUUACCACUAACUAACAAGAGUAACUCUAUAAUGGUGUCUUGGAUCGAAGGUAGAUGCAAUUCCGCAUACAGCCCUGUUAAAUCCAAGACCCUUUUUGGAUGGACAGAUGCAGUUCUAAGAAACUUUUUAAAAAAGUGGGUCAUAUCCGCAACAGUUAACCCUGGAGACCUUGAGAAAUUUAAGUAGAUGAAAACCUCCCAAACAAAAAGAAAGUCGCGAACCCGGAAUUCCGGCCCGCGGAAGUGUUCCCAUUUCCAGGAAAUGUUAUAAUCCCGGUCCCGCAAUCAUCACAAAUGCGUUUAAAUUAAUUUUUCAUGGGCCACUGUACACAUGUGACCACGGAAUCGAAAUAGCAAAAAUGACACGGGAACAAUCUGUUCUCGGAAGCGUGUCCAGUUCUAAGAAAUGUUUAUAAUGAUUUUAUAAAGAAUGUGACAAGUGCUUUUGAAUUAGUUAUUCAUUUGCCACGUAGACUUUGUACGUACCAAGUUACUGGAUCUUUCUUGAAUUGAAGUGACUCUCCCAAUGGCAGGUGUUGGAGGUAACUACGGUGAAUCGCAAGACUUUACGCAACCAUGGAAAUUUAGCGAUGUCGUUCUGGUGGUUGAAGACCAAAAAUUCCAUGUUCACCGAGCAGUGCUUGCUGUAUGCUCCCCUGUUUUCGAAGAGAUGUUUACAUCCGAAUUUCAAGGGAACGGCGAAAAAGAGAUUCUAAUUUCCGGCAAAAUGGCGAUUGAAAUAAUGGAGUUGCUUCAAAUCAUAUACCCUUCCGUAGAAGAGAAGUUAACAGAGGAAAAUUGUCACCGCCUGUUAAGACUUGCAGAUGAAUAUCAAAUGAAGGCUAUUGUUCAAAGAUGUGAAAAUUUCAUUGUGAAAAUGAUGUACAAGUCGAAAAAAGAUCCCCUUGUAGAGCUUGUAUUUGCACAGACAUACAACUUACAGAAAUUCAAGCGGGUGUGCAUCAACCUAGCUACAUUCCUUAGCCUGGAAGAGUUGAAAAAUCAUAAUGUAUAUGAUCAAAUCCAUUUUGAGAAUAUAAAGGACAUUAUGGAAGGAAUGAUAGGACGGAUACGGUCAGCGAGAGCCGACCCUUGGAGUCAGACCUGCGGCACGGCAGCUAAAGCCGUUACUCUCCCAGUGGCAGGUGUAGGAGGUAACCAGGGUGUAUUUCAAGACUUUACGCAACCAUGGAAAUUUAGCGAUGUCGUUCUUGUGGUUGAAGGCCAAAAACUGCAUGUUCACCGAGCUGUGCUUGCUGUAUGCUCCCCUGUUUUCGAAGAGAUGUUUACAUCCGAAUUUGAAGGGAAUGGCGAGAAAGAGAUCCCAAUUCCCGGCAAAAUGGCGAGUGAAAUAAUGGAGUUGCUUCAAAUCAUAUACCCUUCCGUAGAAGAGAAGUUAACAGAGGAAAAUUGUCACCACCUGUUAAGGCUUGCAGAUGAAUAUCAAAUAAAGGCCAUUGUUCAAAAAUGUGAAAAUUUCAUAGUCAAAAUGAUGAAUUUGAACGGGUUGAGAAAGGAGGUCCUUGUAGAGCUGGUAUUUGCACAGAAAUACAACUUACAGAAGCUCAAGCACGAGAGCAUUAAACGAGCGCAAUGGCUUACCCUUGAAGAGUUGAAAAAUGAU